AUGGCCGGAUUGGAGCAGUUCACCCACGACGUUGCAUCCCGACUACAUCAGGACGGAGCCGUUGUGGCGGUCAGCCAGCACGCUGCACGCCUCCAGGAAGUCCUCACCGACGCCGGCAUUGCUGCUCAGCUGGCGGAUCACUUGCCCACGCGGCCGCGUGCUGGAAACGUAUACCUGUUGAACGGAUCGUUGCGAAAGGGUUGGCAAAUCGACAGCGAGGGAACCGGUGUCUCGGUGGCCGUGUACACCGACGCCGAAUUGUUCGGAACCGUCAAAGAGCGCCGUUACCGCGCCCCCAGGACCCGUCGGAACCUGGGAGACGCCGUAUCCCUCGCCGAGCUCACGCCGGGCAGUUACGUGGUGCAUAUCGAUCACGGGUUGGCCAGGUUCGCCGGAACAGCCACCCUGAGUUCCACCGACGACGACCGUGAAUACCUGGUGUUGGAAUACGCUGGUGAUGACCGGCUGUAUGUCCCCACCGAACAACUGGACCGGUUGGGCGCUUACGUCGCACCCACUGAUCAACCUCCGUCCCUCACCCGCCUGGGCGGCAAUGAAUGGUUGCGUAUCAAAGAACGCGCUCAAGGGGCCGCCAAGGAGAUCGCGGCGGAGUUGUUGCGUUUGUACGCCACCCGUGAAUCCAUAGAUGGGCAUCGGUUCGGACCGGACGCGGCCUGGCAACGCGACCUUGAGGAUUCAUUCCCGUACGUCGAAACGCCCGACCAACUACAGGCCAUCGACGAGGUCAAGGGAGACAUGGAAACGGUGCGCCCCAUGGAUCGUUUAAUCUGUGGGGAUGUUGGCUACGGAAAAACUGAGGUGGCGCUUCGGGCAGCAUUCAAGGUCGUGAACGAGGGAAUGCAAAUCGCCAUCCUCGUGCCGACAACGGUAUUGGCGCAGCAACACUACGCGACUUUUGCAGAACGCCUUGCUCCCUAUCCGGUAAAGGUUGAAGUCCUGAGCCGAUUUCGUACCCACAAAGAGCAGGCUGAAGUUGUUGCUGCCGCCAAAGCAGGCUCGGUGGACAUCGUGAUCGGCACGCACCGGAUGCUACAGAAAGACGUGGCAUUCAAGAACCUUGGGUUGGUCAUCAUCGACGAAGAGCACCGUUUCGGCGUUGUUCACAAAGAACGUCUCAAGCAGUUGCGGGCCGAGGUUGACGUGCUGACGUUGAGCGCGACACCUAUCCCCAGAACGUUGCACAUGGCCUUGGCCGGCGUCCGGGACAUGAGCGUUAUUCGAACGCCCCCCGAGGCCAGGUUACCGGUCAAAACCUUCGUAUCGGAAGCCAGCGACGAGUUGGUUCGCGAAGCCAUCCUCCGGGAAUUGGAGCGCGACGGUCAGGUAUUCUUCCUGCACAAUCGGGUACGUUCAAUCCAUCAGACCGCCGAAACGUUGAGCAAACUCGUGCCCGAAGCCCGCAUCCUGGUAGGCCAUGGGCAAAUGCCGGAAUCCGAACUGGAAGACGUAAUGGUCUCCUUUGCCAACCGCCAGGGCGACGUGUUGGUGUGCACCACCAUUAUCGAAUCGGGACUCGAUAUGCCCAACGUCAACACCAUCAUAAUCGACCGUGCGGACCGGUUUGGCUUGGCCCAACUGUACCAGUUGCGUGGUCGCGUUGGACGAGGGGAUCACCGCGCCUACGCGUACCUGCUCCUUCCCGAUGAUCGCGAAAUCACCGAAUCAGCCAGCAAACGCAUCCUCGCCAUUCUGGAGGCAGACGAAUUGGGCGCAGGUUUCCGCAUUGCGAUGCGAGACCUGGAAAUUCGGGGGGCGGGUAACCUGCUCGGCGCCGAUCAAAGCGGGCAGAUUCAGGCAGUCGGGCUGAAUCUCUAUUCAGAUUUGCUGACCCAAGCGGUGGCAGAACUGCAAAAUGACGAGACUCAUCCGCGCCAGGCCGAAGCCAAUCCACCUCCGCGCAUCGACAUUCCCGUGCCGGCCAAUAUCCCCGAAGACUACGUAGCACACCUUCCAGCUCGCCUUGCGUUUUACCAACGCCUGGCCACCAUCACCGACCGCGAACAAAUCCCGGCGGUGCGAACCGACUUACAGGACCGGUUCGGCCCACUGCCCGAUUCAGCAGAAAACCUGCUAUCUGUCACCGACCUGCGUUGCCUCGCGGCAGCAGCGGGUGUCGAAUCCAUCGUUGGCGCCGAAGACGGCAUCGUGACGGUGAUAUUCAGACAGCCUGUUGGCGAUGCGCGAAUUGCCCUGCAAAAAUUGUUGGGUCCGGCGGUGCGCGUUGGUCGUCGCGACAUUGAGGUUCGUGUCGGCGGCGAAAUUGACCACGGGUUGAGCCGGCUGGGCCGUGUUUUUGCGGCGCGUGACAACCUUUGUAGCAGAAAUGCGGGCGGCCCUGGAAGCCGCGCAGGAGCUCGCGAAUGGACAGGAAUCCACAGAUGA